AAAAAUGCCCGCGAAGCCCCACACCGCCGCCCCCGGUAGAGUUGAGAUGGAGAGGUGGGGACGAAAAAGAAUGAGCACGUGACUCAAAAGUACCCUCCCGCAUCUUUCUGCGGCCUGCUCUGCUCGGGUCCCCUGCAGGGACCGCCCCUCCGCUCAACGUCAGCCAAUGAGAGUCGUAGACUGGAACGCGGGCUGUUUCCAUGGGAGCGCUGGAGGGAGGUGGGGAAGGUUACCUAGCAACCGGAGAUGCGGCUAGGUCCCGCCGAGCGGUCGACAAGUGCAUUCCCAGAGCCCGAGGAACCUGAAUUGACGGAUCCUAGACAGAGGCAAUUCCCCUGAGCCCCAGAGGCCCUCGACCUCAACCCCAAUCAUGACGUCUCCCCUGUGCUGGGCGGCGGCCUCCAACGCCAUGCCUUCUCAGGACCAAAUUUCAACCCCCUCCAAAGUCAAGGCCACUCAAGUUCAGCUCAAGCCCUACCGCUCUCGAGGCAAGGGCUUGGUGCCUGUCUGGCACUCACUUCAUUCCAAGGCAGGACCCUUCCAUGCCAGCGAGGGGAAGUCCGCUGUGAACACGCAGGUGGCUGAGUUACAAAGGAAGAUACAACUGUUAGAGGGUGACCGGAAGGCCUUUUAUGAGAGCACCCAGUGGAACAUCAAGAAGAAUCAGGAGACCAUUAACCAGCUCCGCGAGGAGACCAGGGUACUGCAGCUACAGUUGACAGCCCUGCUCCAGGGAGAUGAGAAAGUGGUCCAGGCAGUGAUUCGAGAAUGGAAGUCAGAGAAGCCAUACCUGAAGAACAGGACAGGCCAGCAAGCCCUGGAGCAUCUGGACUACCGGCUGAACGAAAAGGUGAAGCAACUGAACGCUCUUCGGCACCAGCUGGGACUGCGGCAGAAGUGGCUGGAGGAGCUCCAGCUGCAGCACAGUUUGCGCGAGCUGGAGAUAGCCGAGGCUCAAGACAGCAACACCGAGGUGGCCAAGACCAUGCGGAACCUGGAGAACCGCCUGGAGAAGGCCCGGAUGAAGGCAGAGGAGGCUGAACACAUCACCAGUGUGUACCUGCAGCUCAAGGCCUACCUACAAGAGGAGAGCCUUCACUUGGGAAACCGGCUGGACUUUAUGGAGGCUGAGGUGGUGAGGACGAAACACGAGCUGGAGGAGCUGCACCUAGUAAAUCAGGAGGCGCUCAACGCCAGGGACAUCGCCAAGAACCAACUGCAGUAUCUGGAAGAGACCGUGUUCCGAGAGCGCAAGAAGCGCGAACGCUACCUAACCGAGUGCAAGAAGCGCGCUGAAGAGAAGAAACUGCAGAACGAACGCAUGGAGCGCAAGACCCAGCGUGAGCACGUGCUGCUGCAGUCUGACGACACGCUCCAGGACAGCAUGUACUCCAAGGAGGAGGAGCUGAAGCGGCGCUGGAGCAUGUACCAGAUGGAGGUGCUCUUCGGCAAGGUCAAGGACGCCACAGGCGUGGCAGAAACACACGCAGUGGUGCGGCGGUUCCUGGCUCAGGGUGACACCUUCACGCAGCUGGAGAUGCUCAAGAGUGAGAAUGAGCGGACGCUGCUGAGACUGAAGCAAGAGAAGCAGCGACUGCAACAGGAGCUGGAAGACCUCAAGUACUCAGGGGAGGCCCUGCUGGUGAGCGAGCAGAAGCGGCAGGCCGAGUUGCAGGGGCGCCUCAAGGUGGAGGAGCAGCGGCGUGCUGAUGCGCAGGAUCAACUGGACCGAACCAUGAAGGCCUUGCAAAUUACCAAGGAGGGCCUGGAACACCUGGCCGGCAAGCUGAACCACAUCGUAGUGGCAGGUCCCACCUACGAGGAAGGCUCACCUGGAGCCUCCCUAGACACGAAAGGCAGUGCCACCCCACAGCCGCAGGAGACCGGACGCUCUGUCGGAAAGGAGCUGGAUCCCAAGGUGGAUGACUAUCUGCCCAACCUGCUGGGCCUGGUGGAGGAAAAGCUGUUGAAGCUGCAUUCGCAACUCGAAAACCACAACGUGCCAGAGAUGCUGCGCCACAUCGUUGACCGCGAGUUCUACGCCACCCUCGAGGGAAAACUGCCGUCAUACAACACCCGCAUCGCCCUGCCAGUCGCCGGUCAUAAGGACAAGUUCUUUGACGAGGAGGAGAGUGAGGAAGAUGACAGCGACGUGGUGACCCGUGCGGCGCUCAAGAUGCGUUCCCAGAAAUUAAUCGAAUCCCGCAGCAAAAGGCGCAGUCGCUCGCGAAGGUCCUAGACGCGCGCUCGCGCCCGCCUGGCGUUUCCGGGCCCCUGCCGCGGGGGCCCACGGGGCCCCUUUAAGGGCUGAACGCGGCCCGGACAGGGGAGCGGAGCUGGCAGGCGAUGCCCAGAGUGAAAAAGGGGGCUGGGCCGCCGGAUGUUCCCACAGUAAAUUUCCCCAGGCUGGUCCACGCCGGUCUCGGAAUCGCGCAAUAAAGGUCACCGACAAGCCCCUUGAGUAUUCGCCUCUCCUUGAUCCUGCACCGCCCCAUAGACGGCUGCCUCUCAAAUCCAGGGCCACAGCCUCAGCCGCCUCCGACCCGGGAGUGAUGACUCCCAGGGUUCAGGACACAGAUUGGUCUCCUCCGCCCCUCCAGAGAAACGAGAUACCGCCACACCUGGGGCAGAGCAGCCCUCCCCAUCUGAGCAAGGGGACAACCCCCCGAGGACGCAGACCUGUCCCUGUGUUAGCUAUGCACACUAACUCCCCCACACGUGGGAACACAAAAAAAUACCCCUCCCCUGGUGGGGAGUGUCCUUUCUCCGGGGCUCAGAUUCACACAC